AUGGAGCCAAUCCAUGCGCGAAGUGUUCUUCCAUGCAUUGAUGAACCUGCUCGUAAGGCCAUUUUUAAAAUUAGUGUCCUACACGAUUCUUCGUAUGCCGUAUGGUCCAAUGGGGAAAUUGAACGAAUCGAAACAUUCGGUGAUGGACGAACACUUUCGCAUUUUACUCCGACACUGAAAAUGUCCACAUUUCUUCUGGCACUUAUUGUGGCACCAAUGUCCGAUUUUGCCUGCCGACCAGAUCACCUUGUCGGUUCAGAAAACAUCAAAUCGAGAGUAUGUGGACGUGUCGAUAUUCUUCCACAAUUGACCUAUGCUGAUGAAAUAGCUUACAAAGCUUUGGAAUUUUUUAAUACAUACUUCGACAUUGAUUAUCCAUUGCCAAAAAUUGAACAUUUUGCUGUUCCCGAUUUUGGCGCUGGUGCGAUGGAAAACUACGGUAAACAGAGUUUUUAUUCGAUCGAAGCAAACAAUGAUACGAAGCCGAAUCAAUAA